AUAUAGCAUAAUUUUUCCAUAAAUUUUGGAUUUUUCUUUCAAAGUUUCUAAAAAUACACUCUUAUGACGUACUGUGAUAUAAAUAUCGCGAAAGAUAAAAUCUAUAUGCAGUAUUGCAACAGUGAUGGAAACAGUAACAAGUUCUCCAAUGGAAAUCUUCCGAUUUUGCCAGCGUCCUUUGCCGUGUGGUCACCAUUGCGGGGGCAUAGCCAACGAAAAUUCUUGUGCACCGUGUAUGGUGAGGGGAUGCCAAGGUCACAGUCAUUAUGGAGACGGUUGCUGUGUAGUGUGCACCGAACCGUGGGCAUCUAAAGCUGUAAUUCAGAUUGUUUGUGGUCAUGUGUUCCACUACGAAUGUAUCCAGCAAAUGUUGACAAAUCGCUGGCACGGAUCAAAGAUUACGUUUGGAUUUAUGUUGUGUCCACUAUGUAAGCAUUCCAUUAGUCAUCCUGAUCUAUAUGAACUGAUCAGUCCCAUCAUGCAGUUGUAUGAACAAAUAAAGACCAAAGCACUGACGCGAUUACAGCAUGAUGGGUUGUUUGAGGCCAAAGACAUCACACAACCAUCCGGGAAAUAUUACAAAGAUCCAGCCGGAUUUGCUAUGGAUAAAUACGCAUAUUAUCAAUGUUCCAGGUGUCGUCAGCCAUAUUUUGGCGGAGAGGGGCGUUGCCAGGACGCGGUGGAGGAAGUGGAACCCCGAGAUCUAAUUUGUCCAAACUGCAGCGAAAUCGCAAAGAACAAGGUGUGUUCCUCGCAUGGUAUCGACUUCCUCCAGUAUAAGUGCCGCUACUGUUGUUCCCUGGCUAACUAUUACUGUUUUGGAACCACCCAUUUCUGUGACCCUUGCCACAGUAACCAUACAAUGGUGCACAACAAACCAGCCACAAGCUUGCCCAAAUGCCCAGCAGGUGUGGAUAACUGCAUUUCUGUGGGAUUAUAUAUAUAUAUAUAUAUAUAAACAAACACCCUCCCACUGGAGAAGAAUUCAUCAUUGGUUGUGCUUUGUAUUUCUCCAGCCUCCAGGAGUGAACUGGCGAAGUUCCUCGCAGGAGGCAUUCUGAGGGACAAAUUCCACAACCUGUUUCAGUGGUGUGACGAAGAGAACAUCAAAAACAAAAAAUUAAAGAAUGAUAAAAAGAAAGGCAAGAAGAAAUCCAAAAGCAAGUCAAAAGAUAAAAAGAACAAGCAAAGAGACAAGAGUCCUGAAUCAACAGAAAUUCACCGAAUCAGUGUGGACCUUUAUGCAAACCCUUCCUUAUUCACCGUGUAUGCAGCAGUGAGGCAGAGCGUAUUGGACCAGUGCAUGAAUGAGGCCACUCAUAUCUACCACCAGAGUAUAUCUCCCACCACAGACUCGGACAGUGAUGAAGACGGGGAGGAAAAGUCCAAAGAACUGGCCAUCAAACUUCCAAAGAUUGUGGGUCUUGGUCUGUGUGGUGUAUUUGAAUUGAUCAGAGAGACGAGGAACAAAUAUCCGGAACUUUGUAUAAAAGCCCUCAGAGCCUUGUUAGAUCUCUUACAAGGACAGUACCCGGAGAGUAUGAAGUCGGAGCCUGUAGAUGUUGUUUCUGGGCUGUUUGAACUUCUGAUGGAGUUGACCUGCCAUUCCAGUUCCUAUCCAGACCUGCCUUCUCUGGCCUGUUCCUCCCUAAUCAGUCUAGUGAUUGCUCUAGGAGAUACGAGUAAAAUGCUCACUGCUGUGUCCGCCAUAUUGAUGAAUCCCAGACCACAUCUUACUCAUCAGAUCAUGGUGCCUGGUAUCCUGACCUUGCUGCAGAGGAGUGUCCAGGCAGUGCUUCUGGGUAAAUCAGCCUUACCAGAUUGGUUCAACCAGGGAAUCAAAACAGAAGCCAAGAUUGACAAAUUCCAGUUAGAGGCGCUGGUGGGCUAUCACCACACCAAUGGCUUAAACAACAUUCCCAGUGCAAUAUCCUGUGACGGUCACUACCUGUACGUCCUUAACUCCAGCGGCCUGUUCAAGGUGGGAUCGGGAUACGGAUCGACUAUCAAGGGACAUGUUUAUCAACACAGAGAAGAUUUUCCAGUGACCUCCAAUGUCUGGUUAGCCUUUGCAGGGGGAAAGCUGUUCUGUCGAAGUGAUGAUAACGCCCACCCUCAGUUGUGUGUUGUGGAUCCAAAAUCUUUAGAAAUUCACUCUGCAUGCAAAUUAGAUGGGAAAAACAAUGGACCAAGUGCUUUGUUCAGUGAUGGUGAAUACAUAGGUCAAAUAGCGGCAGCAAAAGAUGACACAUUUGUAGUGAGAAUGUUUGAUCCCAAGAAGACUCCCAUGACUGUGGUCAAUGAAAUUCCCCUGAAACUUACAAGGAAGUGCCUAGAAGUGCUUGGACAAUCUGGAUACGACAAUGAAAUAAAUAGACACCCCAUUGUGACAUCCUUUGAUGAAGAGUCAGCCUGUGUUACUGCUGGCAAGGAGUUUGCACUUAUCAGAACUGUGGGUGGAAAGGUGAUCUACACAGGGAAAUCCCAGUGUCUGGGCAUUAAACAAGGUGGCCCUACUCAGGGGAAAUGGGCAGAGUUGCCCAUCACCAAGUCUCCUAAGAUUGUUCAGGUGGUGACUGGGCAUGAGGGACUCCAUGGCCUAAUGGUAGCAGAAGAUGGUAGUGUGUUCUUUGUGGGAACAUCUCGAAGAGGAGAGGAUGGGGACACGAGUGUCUCAAAAGCUAGGAGACAACCCAAGGCUGUAAAACCACGUAAAAUGAUUCGCUUGGAAUCGAGAACUGUGGUGUAUGCUGCCUGUAACAUUGGCAGCAGUGCUGUGGUGACCAGGGAGGGACAGCUCCUUAUCUUUGGCAAGGACACCACCUUUUGUGAUCAGAGUAGUGGUGUAGUUACAGAUUUGAAGAAAUAUGAAAUUACCCAGGUUGCACUAGGAAAAGCACAUGUGGUUGCUCUGAGUAGUAAAGGACAAGUGUUUACUUUUGGAAUCAACAACAAAGGACAAUGUGGGAGAGAUUUUCCUUCAGCAGCUAGCAAAGAAGUCAUCAAUAACGUGACUAUGGCAGAUGAAGAAGAGGAGACAGAAGCUGAUGAGAAUAUCUGUCCUCCAGGAAAACACAAAUGGAAGCAUGAUCGCUGCAUGCUGUGUUCUGUGUGUGGAAGAUGCACUGGGUAUGGCAUUGACUGUGUCCACCAGGGUCAAGGUGACAGGAAUCCAGGGACAGAGUGUGGCUGUGGGGCAGGAGAUUCCGGUUGCUCCGAGUGUGGGAUCUGCAAAACGUGUGCAGUGGAGGUCCCAGACACUGAUGGGGAAGACAUUGAUAGGCAGAUACUGGAGAAAAGUAAAGAGCUACUCAGCAUUGAUCUCAUGCUAGGCAAAAAUAUUCCUGCACAUCUAGAACAGUUUUUUAAAUCUAUUGAUGCUUCACAUCUGAAAAAGAAACUGCUACAUUUAAAAGGAAGCAAAAACAAGAAAGAUCUAACGGACCAAGAAGCAGACUACACCAAAACCAGCAGUCUUCCCCCGACAGAGUUGGAUAUUUGUGGUCCAGACAACCCAGCCAUACAGAUUGCUUGUGGGCAGCACCACACUGUUGUGUUGCUACAGAAUGGAGAAGUGUAUACAUUUGGCAAUAACCAGUAUGGUCAGUUAGGACAAGGGGACACUGCCGUCAAGGGUUGUCCAGUGUUGGUACCACUCCACUACCCUGCUGUCCAAGUCACUGCCGGUAGCCACCACACAGUGGUGCUACUCAACAAUGGACAGGUCUAUACAUUUGGAAACCACCAGAAACAUGCUUUGGGUCGAUCUGGACCUGAUGAGGCUGGAGCCAUCUCAAAGAAAGCAUUGUGGUACGCCAUACCAGGCCCCAUGCCAAGCAUAGGAGCCCGCUAUGGCAGAAGGGCCACUUGGAUUGGAGCCAGUGGCGAUCAGACAUUCCUCCGCAUUGAUGAGUCCCUCAUUAACGCACACAUCCUAGCAGCCUCCAAAGUGUUUGCCAACCAGAAAAGUAUAGGCCUGAUUCCUAUUGGGGAGGAGAACUCUGCUCUUAUGAAAUGUUUAAUGAUAAGCAAGGUCGAUGGAAGCUGUCGAAGUCUUGGGGGAGCAGAACAAGAUGAUCUGUCUAAGCAUGCUGUGUGUUUGGAUCCUGUGUAUGAUGUUUUAUGGAGCUACCUUCCUGGCAGCCACGAAGUGACAUGUUACAAUUGCCUGGCCUCAGAGGCUAGGUCUUUGACCCCAUGUGACCUUUUUAAACCAGAAUUAGCGGUGCCUGUCCGAAUUGGAUGUAACACAACACGGUCUCACUGUGCUCUGCAUAUGUUAGGGUGUUUGGAUGUUUUAACAAUGGCCCAACAAGCCAACCUGACUGUUGUGGAAGAAACCAAGGAAAAGCAGACAACCUCCAAAAUUUACACCAAAGAUGAUUUUACUGUCGUCAACAGAUUUGAAAGUCAUGGAGGAGGCUGGGGAUACUCUGGUCACUCUAUUGAAGCUGUCCGGUUCAUGUCAGACACGGACAUUCUGUUGGGAGGAUUGGGGCUGUUUGGUGGAAGGGGAGAGUACUACGGCCGGAUCAAGCUCUUUGACUUGGGUCCUGAUGGAGGAGACAAUGAGGGGGAUGGAGAGUUGAUUGGAGAAACAGAUGAAAUGGCAUUUGAAUGUGGAGCCAGAGAGAAGCAUGCCAUGCUGUUUGAUGAACCGAUCCCAAUCCAUGCUAGCUCCUGGUAUGUGGCCUGGGCCAGAAUCUCAGGCCCCAGCUCAGACUGUGGGUCAACGGGGCAGUCUGUGGUCACCACUGAAGACCAAGUAAUCUUCAAAUUCAAAAGCUCAAAGAAAUCAAACAAUGGAACUGAUGUAAAUGCAGGCCAAAUCCCUCAGCUUCUGUACAGAUUACCAUCAAGAGACAGCCCUGGAACACCAAGAAAAGUGGAUCACUCAGAAGCGGCCCAUAUCCUAAGCUCCGAUUUCUCAUGUUCUGUAUUACCAGAUAGUUUUGAGGCCCUCCAGAGACUGUUAGAAUGGAGUUGGACAUCUUUUAACACUGCAGUAUUGGAGACAGAUGGAUUAAAGGGAGAUAACCUCAGUGCAGCAUUGGCAGAUAUCCAAAGACUUGUGUACAUCACAAGGGCGUGUCUUAGGCUUAUCAAAACCUAUGUGACUCAGAUUUAUCCAAAUGGCGCAUCAAGUCAAAAAUCUGUAACAGAAACUAUGAAGCUAGCUGAGUGUAUCGGGAACACCCAGGACCUGCUGAAGACCAUUCUAGCUGAUGAGGUCAAGGCUGCAUCCAAGGUCAAAAUGUUCCUAACGGAACCAGGCAAAAGGGAGGAGUUCCUGCCCUUGAAAGAGGAGAUCCUGAAGGAAUGUCAUCAGACAUUUUGUGCUUGUUUCCAUGCCUUCUUCCCAACAGGAAAUCUCAAGUGGCAUUGUUUGUGUGACCUUCUGAUACAGUUAGAACCCGACAUGGUAAAUGUAUCGGGCUACAGUCGUCUGCUAGCAGCUGUGAUGGAAGCCAUGUGUCACCCCACCAUUAAACUGACCGGCAUCCUGCCCAUCAAUUGUCAACCGGCGACGGAGGAGAUUCUCAGACGUCAGUCGGACAUCAUGGACGACAACACCAACAGUGUUGCGAGAAUGGGAGAGGUUCAUCGAUUCCCCGUACUAGUCAGCCACAUGACAUCAAGAGUGGAGGCACUGGGACUUUUAACCAAUCAUGUGACAUUCCGCGAGAUUCUGGACAAGCUUCUGUCCAUCGUGACACUUCCUGUCCGUCAGGCACUCAGUAAGGAGGAGUCCACCUACCCAUCCAUCCUGGUGGUCAACACAUGUUCCUUGCUGGCCACCAUCAUCAGUGAACUGUCCGCUACAGCCACUGGUCUAGAGAUGGAUCAUGGCACAGCCACACGCCCUCUGUUGGUGACCCCUAAUAGGUUCACCCGUACCAGUCAGCACGCCAUGUGGAACAGUGGAAAUGGCAGUCCGGACGCCAUCACUUUCUCCGUGGAUAAGCCUGGUAUUCUGAUUGCCGGGGUCUGCGUGUAUGGAGGAGAUGGACAGUAUAACUAUGAACUAGAACUCAUGGAUGAUCAGGGAGAUGGCAUCAACAACCCUUCUCCUUCACAGAGGUGGAAUGUUAUCGAGUCCGUGAAGGGCGUCUAUGGCCAUGAAGACUGUGUCAAUGAUAUAGCUGAGAUUAAAUUUGACAGACCUAUAGCAAUCAAGGAAGGGGUGAAAUACACAGUACGCCUGAAGAAUCACGGCAGUAUGCGGACCCUGAAUGGUGACGGUGGGGUGGCCAAAGUCCGAUGUCCAGAUGGGACGAAUUUCACUUUCCAGGCCAGCUCUCUCAGUACCAACGGAACCAAUCACAUGAGGGGCCAGAUUCCACAGAUCCUGUACUACAGUGCACCACAAGAAGGCGAGAACUACCAGAACAACAAAUCCUUGGCUGAGCUCCAGGCUCGUAAGAAUGCCAUUGAUAUGGUGAGCGCCAUCUGUAGGGUAGCUACCGAUGUCCUCAGGAGAGCACAGUUUGCAGCUGAAGGGACAGCAGUAGAAGUCCUUGGAUCAGCAAACCUCUUCAGUUCCCUGCUGCCUCUGAUUCUGGCCUACAUUGGACCUGUGGCAUCCCAGGAUCCCAGGGGAGCUGUACAGAUCCUGGGAAUCAUUCAGGAGAUCCUUCCGGAGGUGGCUCAGCUAAACACCCUGUCCCCGGCCCCUCUCCCAGCCCCAGAGGUCCCUCCAGAGAAUGGCACCACCUCCCAACACUAUGCCAUUGUGGAGAGUGAUCACCCCUACAAACCAGCUUCGGUCUUCAACUAUAAGGUGAUCUUCCCAGACCUGGUGAAGUGGAUGGUGUUGGAGUUUGACCCCCAGUGUUGUACCGCCCAGGUAGAAGACACCCUUCAGUUGUAUAUCCCUACCACUGAAGGCUCAGACCUCACCCCCACUGACCCUACUCCGGAGGAGGGGCUUAACACUCAGAAUUACUGGCCAAUGUGGAAGAAGUUCCAUGGAUCCAGUAACUGGCCAAAAUCUGCCAUUGUGUUACCAGGUCAUGAGGUCAUUUUCUCCUUGGAGACCGCCUCAGAUUAUGUGAAGGAUGAAAAGUCCUGUUUCUUUGGAUUCAAGUGUGUGGUAGUGGGGUAUGAGUGGAAUUUUACACCAGAAGAGAGCAUUUUUCAAAUUGAAAGAGAGUUAUCAUACCUUGGGGGUAUGUGUGCAGCAUCCUUAAUCAAGAAAGACGUAGCAUUACCUCCAGUAACUGUAGAAGAGAUAGAUGAAGACAUGGAGUAUAUUGAGGAAGGUUCCCAUCUGAUAUUUGGAGCUCAUUCAGAACUAUUGGGUAAAGGUUUCGCUCUCUCUCACCCUCCCACAAUAAUGCAAGCAUUAGAGGGUAAUCUCCCUUUCUGCUGGCAGUCCAAUGAGAGGUCAUUUCUGAAGGACUUUGUGGCUUGUAACCCAGGAACCAGUGGGGGUCGACUGGCCAGAUGGCUACAGCCGGAUUCAUACCUGGAUCCCGCACAUUGUGAGUUGAUGUACAGCAAGGAGGACCUCCGCUGUGGUUGGCCGGCUCUCAUCACAGUACUGACCAAGGACCAGUAUGGGCAGCUAGUCCAUGUACCAAAUCUGAAGGUGAACGUAAAGGCAGUCCCAAUUGACCAAGGCAUUUCUGGUGACGAGCGAAGACUUCGAAGGCUGAGUAGACCAGAUGAUGGAGACCAGAUUUUUGGGGGACACCCUCCCCCUCCUCAGGAUAUUCCAUAUGAGGCAACAGUUAGGGAGAGGAAAGACAUUUUCCAUGCUAUAAGCAUGAUGAAGGCCUAUGAGAAUUAUUCAUUUGAGGAGCUACGGUUCGCUGCCCCUGCCGUGCCGAGACCGAGUGAAAACAUGCUGGUCCGAUGUAACAGUGACGGGACGUACGUAGCUAACUGGACCCCCAGUAACAUAGGACUCUACAACAUCCAUGUCACCAUCGACGACUUUGAUACAGGUGAAGUCUACAAGCUGGAGGUGAAAGACCCACCACAGGGGGUGACUCCGCCCACUCAGACAGAGAAAAAACCACACCAACCAAACAAGAUGAGGAAAUUUGUUGCCAAAUACAGUGCUGGUCUCCGAGUGCGUGUGAACCCUUCCCUGCAAAGUGAAUACAUCGGAGUUAUACUACCAGAGGGAAUUAUUUCAUUUGUCGAUGAGAUCCACAAUGAUGAUGGAGUUUGGCUACGCCUGAGUCAGGCCUCCAUUAGUGAGUGGUGUAAGGUGGGCCACGUUGAAGGAUGGGCACUCCAGUACAAUCAACACCUUGGUAAGACUCUGCUGGUCCCCGUGGAGGAACCCAAGCCAUUGAUGGAGGAGAUCAUUAAAGAAACAAUCCGGAAAAAUCUUCAUGAUGUUGUCAAACCAGAAGUCGCACCAAAGAGAGGUCCAGGGGAAUAUCAGGUUGUGAAGUGUGGACCCUCGGGCCACAACAUCAGGUGUCGUCCUCAUCUCAAGGCCACACCCAUAGGAAUGCUCAUCCACGGAGAGAAGAUCACAGUCAUUGAAGAUGUGAUGAAUGAGGAUGGCCGCUGGGUCAGGCUGGACCCAGAGAGUGUGGAGCAGUACUGUCAGAACAAGCAAGGGGAGGCCUGGGUCCUGGUGUCCGGGCGAGAUGGCACCGUAUAUCUGAAACAUGAGUCCGACCUCGGGGGCCUUGCUGUGGGGAAGCAGAAUGAUCCAUUUGCUUUCAACUCCCUUCCUUCAACUUUCAGUAAGGGAUUUGAUUUCACACCCCAGGUGCCAUUUGUAUUUGGCACCCCUCCCUCAGGGCCAUUUGGAAGAAGCGCUAGUCUACCUGGGAAUGUGUUCAAUCCAGGAUUCUCAGGAUCAGUCAUUCCUACAUUUGGAGAGCCCAACAUUCCCCAGUUUGGUGGUUUUGGAUCCAGCUUUGAGAGAAGCCCCAUACACAGAGACAUCUCGAAAGUCAGCACCAUGCCCGGGAGUCUCUCUGCCUCGCCCGGGUUCCUCUCGCCUUCUAGAAUGGACAUUUCUAACCAGACAGCUUCCCCUGUGUCCAACACCAGAUCUCCAGCCUCAGGAUCCCCCAAAUCAUCAAGGAAGGAAGUGACUCACCCCCUCCCUGCUGAGUUACAGGGUGUGUCUGUGAAGGAACUGGUCAAGGCAUUAGGAGAGAGUCGAGCCAAUGGAAAUGGACCCACGCCUGUACCCUCCCCACCAGGGACCCCAAAGAAAUCUGGGUCACGAAGCUCCAGUCCUCAUCUUAUCAUUACGGAGAAACAAGGUUCCCCUAGAGCAAGCUCUCCAGUGGGAAGAUUGAGUCCGCGUCAGACAAGAGCUUCUAGUCUCACAGACUCUCCCUCCCACAAUUCCAUGAAGGAGGAUUUGUAUGCCACACCCCCUGACAGCCCAAUUACACACACUCCUAAACGAAUAGCUCUCAAAAAAGAGGUUUCCCUCGACAGACCGUCACAGUCUCCACCUUCCUCUCCAUCACUUAAACAUAAACAGAUGGAUGUCAGUAAGAUAGCUCCACCUUCAGGGCAGGGUAUUUUAAGUCCUGCUAGGAGGGAUAGUUUUGGUGGCACUGUUUCUCCUGUCAGAAGUACAAGUCCCCAGAGAAGAGCCUCCAGCCCAUUACUGAGCAGUCAAACCAGGGCAUCUCCAGUGAACAUAGGUUCCAGGGCCUCACCUCUCAGUGCUAACGCCAGGUCAUCACCUGUCAAUGCUGGUGCCAGGGCCUCUCCAGGAACAGGAGGUUCCCCUAUCCCAGCAUUCAGCAUUGGGUCCUCCUCACCAAAGGAAGAAUCGAGGAUGUCUCCAAAGUCCAUGAGAAAAGACAGAGGAAGAUCUUUAAGAUCCAAACGCUCGGAUUCCCCCUCCUCGAGAGACAGCAUUCCAAUAAUUCGUGCUCGCUCCUCUUCUACAUCUGUAAUAUACGACAAGAAGGAACCAGUGAAAGAGGCUUUGUCUCCCUCAGUAGCAGAGUGUCUGAGAGCUGUGUUUGCAGCCUUCUUGUGGCAUGAGGGCAUUGUGCAUGAUGCUAUGGCAUGUGCUUCAUUCUUGAAAUUUCAUCCAGAUUUGCAGAAAGAAAUGUCAAAGUUUGCCAACAGAGCCAAACCAGAAAAAGUGAGAGUUCGACAUGCAACAGAUUCUAGUAAAGACAUCAACAAAAAGAAAGAAAAUGUUAAUAUUAAUGAGUCGAGAGUAAGAUUCAAGCUGGAUCCAAGAUUUGUUAGGAGUGAUUCUGAAAAAUCCGAUAAAUCUGACAAGUCGGACAAAGAGGACUCGGCAAAGGGAACAGAGAAGGCAGAGAUUCAGCGAACCAUGUCAGACGGGAGGAAGAUGAUUGAAGCGCGACAGAAGGUGAUGAGGCACAAGUCCGAGGGCAAUGUUGGAUUUUUGAGAGAGUGUAUUGAACCUGACAAGGAUUCACCACUCCCACCCACCCUUCAUCAUUUGGUGUACUUUUGGGAGGAGAUGUCCUCUGGUGUACUAAAAGUCAUUGAACAAAAACAAGUUAAUCCUAGUCCUGCUGUAAUGCUCAAAGCCAAGAAGAGUGAGAAAAGGGAGAAGGAAAAGGAGAAGGACAAGAAGACUAAUCGUAAAAAGAAGGAGGAGAUUAAACAUAUAUGGAGAGGAAAUGCCAUGGGAGACAUGAUGAUAGGGGCACUGGGAGGGCGCGAUGGAGUGGACAAGGGAGACACGCAGUGUGAACUGUGUGGGGGGAUGUUCCCCCACCCUGUGACCUACCACAUGAGACAGGCCCACCCUGGCUGUGGCAGACAUGCUGGAGGGAAGGGUUACAACAGUAGUGGGAUCUUCUGUGGGGGGUGGGCAGGAAACUGUGGGGAAGGGGGGCUAGGGGGAAGCAGUUGGUACCUCAUUUGUGAGAAAUGUAGAGAAAAGUGCUUGAAAGACAAAAGACACUCACAAAGGGAAAAAGACAAAGCUAAGAAGCAGAAAAAGAAAUCAUCACAGGGUCGCCAACAGACAGUAUUGUAUUCCCAGGAAUCUCAUGCUGUCCUGAAGAGUAAUGCCAUGUUCUUGUUGGAUCUGGCCAGUGCUUCAGGAUUAACACUCCCAAUCCAGUCAAAGAAACUCCCUCAAAGUAGAUCAGAUUUAUUACUUCCCAGUGUUAGUGAAGAAUACGGAAUGGAGCUGAAUCCUUUCCCUCCUGUUCCUUUCCAGUUCCUUACAUUACAAGGAGGGCAAAAUGCAGAUUCAGCCUUUGCAGAGGAAGUUUACAUAGAUGCAGAUGAGAGAGUCUUUGUUAGAUCAGGGUCAAUGAGCAUCAAGGAGAGGCAACCGGCUUACAGACCAAGGCUACCUACUGAACCAAGACACAGUCCUCUGGCAAGGUCAGGGUCAUUGGGCCAGGAUUCAAGGUCACAUAUAUCUUCCCAUAUCUCACCACCAAGUCCAAGGGAUUUCAAUGUGGAGAAUGCUAAUCAUGAAUCAAAACAAAUCCCAAAGAGUGCAGGCACAAGCCCAGACUCCAGUGAUGAAUUGUUUGCCAAGAGUCGAGCCUUUCAGAGAAGUUUGUCAGAGAUUGUGUCAGAUGACAGCAAGGAGCAGGAAAAUGACAAGAAAAUGGUGUCUGGUCGCCGUAGGAACAACAGUGGAGGAGUAGCAGAUGGUGGAAUGUCAUUGUUAAAGCAUCCGUCUGCUGCCAUGGAGAAGUUGCUGUACACCGUAGACAGGAAGUGCCAGGAUGAUGAUGAGCGUGCUCUUCAGAGGCCGGUGAUGUCCUUCAUUAUACAGAGACACGACUUAGAGGGUCUCCAGCUGGCAAUGAAGCAAGCACUGAGGAAGGCUGCAUGCAGGGUGUUUGCCAUGCAGGAUGUUCCCUUGUGUGACCACCCUCUGUCAGACAUCACCAUUGCUGGUAGUGCUGUGGACCCACUCCCAGAAGUGUUCCACACAUUACUGCAGACGAUAGCAGAUGCCAUGAUGUUCCUUCCCUGGGGUUCAGCAUUACAACAAAUGGCAGUUCGAUGCUGGUGUCUGAAGUUCCAACCAUCGGACCAUCAGUUCCUACACGAGUGUCAUGUGUUCAGUAACAUCAGUCGCAUCCUCAGUAAGUCAGAGGAGGAGCGUGAGGAGAACGGAACGGAGGCUGCUCAGUCAUCUGUCAAGAUCUAUCAGCUGAAAGAUCUAACCCCGUCAUCAGACAUAUCUGUGUCAAGUCGGCAGGCAAUGAUAGCCAGUCUAACAGACAAUUCAACUGAGACAUUCUGGGAGAGUGGGGACGAGGACAGAAACAGAUCCAAAUUCAUCACCAUCAAAUGCCACAUCAAGGCUUCUGCCAGGAUUAUCUAUGUACACAUUGAUAACGCACGUGAUCUGGGGAGCAAAGUCGGAAGUGUGAGCUUCUCUGUUGGACCAUCACCAGAUGACUUGAAAAAGUUUCAUCAGGUUGACGUUGAAUCCCGGUAUGUGGGCUGGGUGUCCUGUCAGUUUUCCCUCCCUCACGUUCGUGUCAUUCAGUUGGAAAUGAAGGGACCAGACCACAGUCUAAGGGUCAGGCAGAUCAAAAUCCUCGGGGAGAUGGAGGGACAAGACACGUGCCUCCCUGUCAAAAAGUCAGCAGUGGACAUGCAGCAAGAGAACUGUGAAUCAGAGACACUCAGGGUCUUCAGAAUGCUUACCUCACAAGUAUUUGGCAAGCUGAUAACUUUGGAUGGCAGUGGUGGUGCUGGGAAGUUUAAACUCGUGGAUGCAGCAGGCGGUGACAGCCUGGAUGGAGAUCAUGACCUGAAGGAGCACAUGGUCGGAAUUCUGUUCAGUCGCAGCAAGCUGUCCCACCUUCAAAGACAGGUUUGUUCUCAUAUUGUACAAGGCAUCAGGAAAGAAUCGACUAAGAUUAAAGAGGAAUGGGAGGCGAGCUUGAAAAACCCUAAUUAUAUUCCGCAAACCAGUGACCAGGAUGUGUAUUGUUUUGAGCUGUUAUCUAUGGUAUUGGCACUCAGUGGUUCCAGUGUUGGGAGGGCUUAUUUAGCUCAGCAGUACCCGCUCCUGCAGGAUCUGUUCAGCCUUCUUCACACAGGGACUCCUAGAGUUCAGAGACAGGUGAUCUCAGUUCUCCGCAGAGUCCUACAAGAUGUGAAACCACAGACCCUGUCCAACAUCUUGUCUGUACCAUUCUUACCUCCUGUGGAAUACAGCAUUGUCAGUCUAGCUAGUCGUGAUGAGAAUGCUGCCUUUGACCCAGAACAACCAGGUCUUCUAGAUGUUUUAUUAGCAUGUAUCAGCAAGGCUCUCACAGUGCAGACCAAAAUUAAGAUUAGUGGACCACAAAAAGCAAUGGCAGCAGUCAAACUUGAGGACUGCCUAGGAUCUAAGGCCUCUAAAUCCCGCUGGUGGCUGAGGGGAAAAAUCAAUGAAAGCCUUUCAAACAAUGUUAUCACACUCAUUCAAGACAUGGCAUCAGGCCAGCUGUCUGAGACAUGGGCACCUGUCACCAAGGCAGCCAUUGCAGAGUCCAUAUUAAACCUCACCAAGCUUGGAGACAUGUACAGAGAUCCUCAAGUCUGUCUGAAGACUCCCACACUGUGGUUGUGUCUAGCUUCACUCUGUGUCCUGGACAAGGAUCAUGUAGAGAGGCUGACCUCUGGUCAGUGGAUUAGCAGUCCUAAUGGACAACAUGGACAACCAAGGCCUACUUGUGAUAAUCAUGAUGAUGGGGAGACCCAAGCCAUCAUUCUGUGUAAUGAGUGUGGGAAUUUGUGUGCGGACUGUGACCGAUUUCUCCAUCUGCCCAGGAACAAACGGUCACACCAGAGACAGGUGUUUAAGGAGGAGGAAGAGGCCAUUAAGGUGGACCUUCAUGAAGGCUGUGGCAGGACCAAGCUGUUCUGGGUGAUGGCUCUAGCUGAUUCCAAAGCUCUCAAGGCCAUGGUGGAAUUCAGAGAAGGAAAGUCCACUGCUGCCACCUCUGGUCCUGGUAGAUGUCGAUUCUGUGGAACCACUGGAAAAACUGGAGUGCUAGCUAUUGGCAAUGUGUGUUCUGAUCCGGAGUGUCAGGAACAUGCCCAGAAUGCUUGUCAGAAAGUGCUAGCUUGUGGCCACCAAUGUGGAGGAAUUGCUAAUGAGGAGGAAUGUCUGCCCUGUCUGCAUAACUGUCCCCCUUACCAUGGUAAACUCAAACAGGAUGCUGAUGAUAUGUGCAUGAUCUGCUUCACUGAAGCUCUCUCUGCUGCUCCAGCUAUUCAGUUGCAAUGUAAGCAUGUUUUCCAUCUUCACUGCUCCAGAAAUAUACUGGAAAAAAGAUGGGUGGGUCCCAGGAUUACAUUUGGAUUUUCCCUAUGUCCAAUUUGCAAGAACCAAGUUGACCAUCUUGUGUUGAGGGAGCUACUGAAGCCAAUCCGGGACUUGUUUAAUGAUGUUAAGAGGAAAGCUUUGAUGAGACUGGAAUACGAGGGACUGCACAAGGCUGAAGCCAUUACCACUGCCGGGGCCCGCUUUUACAAGGACCCAGCAGGAUUUGCCAUGGACAGAUAUGCAUACUAUGUUUGCUAUAAAUGCAAUAAGGCCUAUUAUGGGGGAGAAGCUCGUUGUGAUGAACAGAUUGGAGUGGCUGAAGACUACGAUCCCAGUGAAUUAGUGUGUGGAGCAUGCUCCGAUAUCUCCAGGGCUCAGAUGUGUCCUAAACAUGGAACCGACUUCCUGGAGUACAAAUGUCGCUACUGUUGUUCGGUGGCCGUCUUUUUCUGUUUUGGUACUACCCAUUUCUGUAAUGCCUGCCAUGACGAUUUCCAGAGAGUAACAUCUAUCUCCAAGACUGAACUUCCUCACUGCCCAGCUGGACCCAGAGGAAAACAGAUGGAGGGAGAGGAGUGCCCCCUGCACGUUCAGCACCCGCCCACGGGGGAGGAGUUUGCUUUGGGCUGUGGUGUCUGUAGGAAUGCCCACACAUUCUGAUUGGCUAAUUUGUGAUAAUGACAACACCCAUACCUUUUUUGUGUCACCAAUUUGAAUUUAUUGACAUUGACAAAAUAAGAUGAAAUGAUUUCUGUGUGUGUGAUCUAUUUACAUUGUACUUCCACCAUUAUGUGAUAAUAUUUUAGAAUAUGUAAAGUGUUUUAUUCUAUGUAGAUCUUGCUACAUGUAUUGGUUUUGUGCCAAAAUAUUUGAAAUAGAAAUUUUGUGUUGAAGAGCAUCUUCACUGACAUUAAUCAUGAAAACACUAGUCCUGUUUUAGAUUUUGUUUUGAUGUUAACAUGGUUUUUAAAGACUAAAGCAUGAAUAACAGGUGUUAAAAAUAUACCACUAAAACAAUUAAUAAUGUAUGCAUGUCAUUUUUGUAUUUCAGUAUAGGUGGUUCAGAAAUUGGAUCAUGAUGAUAAAAGUGCUCAGCCUGCUUGUAUACUUUGAUUAUGGAUGAAAUUAAUUUUGAUGCAUAUUGUAUCAGCCUUUGAUGAAUAGUAUGUGUUUAUAAAACCAUUUUUUUUAAAAAUUUGCUACUUUAUUUGAAGUGCAAUGUUAUUGUACAUGUAUGUAUUCAAUUUACAUAGUGCUGUUUCUGAAAAGUCGGUAAUUAGAUUUCAAAGUACUUCAUUGUCAUCUAGCAAAAUGUACAUCUUACAGAAAAUUGAGGGAAACUUAGUAAGUUCUUCUACUUCUGCAGUGUCAUGUUUUGACUGAUUUAAAAUAAAUAACAAGAUAUCAA